AUGACAUUGUUGUAUCAACCACUAUCAAGAACCUUUGGCCAUCGUGAUGGUUGCAUCACACCCAGUAACCAUAGCGAAGAAAGAAGAAGCUCAUCCUCCAAAUCGCAAGUUCCAAAAACUGGGCUUUCCGAGAGCCAUGACAUCUUGUCUCCUCCUCUAUCACCUUAUCAGAAAACAUGCUCGCCUGAUGCUCUGUCUUGUAUACAAUCAUCUUCUACGGGCUACACCCACAAGGUGUACUUGCCUACAAAGCAACCGUUCAAGAUUGAAGAUUACAGGAGUUACACCAUGACUGUUAAUCCUUGGUCAGGCUUGGGUGCUGGCUAUAAAAAGAGGCAAUUGAAGCUUUUGAAUCAAUACGCAACGAUCUCAUCCAAAGAGCUGUCAAUGCACUCUUUCCGCAUGGCAGAAAGAAGAGCGGCGCAUGCGGCUGUUUCGCGCAAGCGUGUUCAAAGGUCAAGUAGUUCUGAGUCUGAAUCCGAAUCAGUUGAGAGGAUUAGAACUAGAAGAGUCGUGAAGGAAAAUCUGUCUCAACUUGCUGAGAUUGACGUUUCUUCGUCCACGCCUCCGCUGCCAGUUGCGAAGAAGAGAAAAGUCAGAAAGGAGCCUCGGUAUGCUGGCUCUCCUUUGGCCGCCCAACAAGCGUCAAUGAUUGACGAAUCAAUUCCAGACUAUUCACCAGAUCCAAAUGCUACGUUACCUAAGGGUAACAACAGAUGCCUUAAGAUUGAAUGGAAAGGGCAGCCAAUGGAUUUGAAAAACGAUCCAAAUGUGAACCAGUUACAUCCAGCAGAAGUUUUACUAGCUUCUACUUUAAGGUUACCUUGUAAUGUUUACCUUGACUCAAAGAGACGUUUAUUUUUUGAGAAGGUGAACCGCUUGAAAAAUGGAAUGCUCUUUAGAAGAACAGACGCUCAGAAGGCUUGCAGGAUAGAUGUUAACAAAGCAAGCAGAUUGUUUGCUGCGUUUGAAAAAGUUGGAUGGCUUGACGACGAUCACUUUGCGAAGUAUAUCUAG